AGCCUUAUAGAGCUAUACCUGAAAAAUUAAGGGAAUAUGAAGUUAAAUAUGCUUCCAGAAUUCAUAGUGAUAAGAAAUCAACAUCUGAAUAUCUUAAACUGCUUUCAAGAAUCGCAAUGAGACAAAAAUCAGACCGUCUUGAUGCAGGAGAUAAUUACACUAUAAGCGAUACAGAAUCUGAGGAAUCCAGCCCUGAAUCUGAUCACAACCUAGAGCUAAAAUCAGAGUUCACGAAAAAUGAUGAAAUUUCUGAAAUCAUCAAUAUGUAUAGUUACUAA